CCGCUUCUCCAAUGGAAAUUAUUUCAAUAAUUUUGUUGUGAGGGAGGAGGGAUGAGGCGACGAGUAGCGAGUGAACAGUGUUAAUUACAAUUACUUAUGUAGAUUAUCAAACCUAGCUCUCUAUUGUUCUCAUAAGUUCACAGGGAAAAUGUAAAAAGUUCGCAACUGACGACGUUUCUCACGGAGAGCGAAGAAAGUUUACGUGAAAGGUCGCACCAGUGUUUGUGAUCGUGUUUCGUGUCUCCGUUCGGUGCGAUCAUCAUUAUCGAACGUGCUGACACUCAACAAACCCGAGUGUUACGCUAUGCUAACGUAAGUCGACCGGAUUAUCGGUAUUUUAUCUGGGCGAUCUCCGCCGUUUGGAAAGCUGAAUCACUUUCUCGCGUUGCGCACCAGCGAUGUCGGGGUUCCAGGCGAGCGACACGAUGCCCAAACUCGGGCACGUGACGGACCUGCGGGAGCAGUGGCUGGUGCGCGCGGACGGCGCGCUGGCGCACCGUCUGCAGGACCGGGAGAUCUCGUCGCACCUCUGCGAGAACCGCUUCCGCAACCAGCAGAUCCGCGAGGACUUCCCCGUGGCGCUCAGCGAGCAGCGCGGCUUCGAGCACGAGGUGCGCCUGCGCGAGCUGGCGCGGCGCCGCCAGGCCGACGUCGACGAGGAGAUCGCGCGGGAGAUGGCCGAGAUCAACCUGCGCCGCCAGCGCCGCCAGCGCUCCGCCGACCUGCUGCAGCAGCCCUGCUCCUCGCGCGCGCCCCCCGCGCCGCCCCACCCCGCAUCCGCCGCGGUCGACCUCGACCCCGAAGAGCUGGGCCUGUCUGUGGCGGAAAUUGAGGAGAUGAGGCGACGGCUGGAGCAGGAAGAAAAGGAUGCGAGAUUAGCGAGGGAACUGAGUCAUGAGGCACAGGGCCACGACGCCUUGUUAGCCGACAUGAGGUGUGCGGUCGAGGCUCAGGACGGGGAGCUGGCCCGGCUGCUGCAGGAGAGGGAGUACAAGAAGCUGCAGCGAGCCAAGGAGAAGGCUCGGCAGAAGGCUCUUCUGAAGAAGCAGCAGCGGCUGGCCCAGCAGCAGCAGGGGCCCUUGCCCCACCCGCCGGAAACUGAGCCCCCCUCCCCGCAGACCACUCUUUGUGAUGCAUACAGCAACCCCCGAGACAUGAUAAGAGAUAACAGGCUCAGAUUAUGUAAAUCGGUUGACUCCGACUUGAACUAUGUUGAGCCUUUUGAAAAGGAGCACAUUCAGUCAAAAGCUAGUGCGUUACAGGCGAAAGAAAUCUCCAGCCAGUAUUACUCCCAACAGCCCAGCUCUUCCACCACCGAAAACGCUUCGCAAUCUCACAACAGAUCUUACGAUUCCGAUUUGCGACCGCCGAAUGCUAGCACACAACACAGGCAACCUCCACCUCCUCCUACGACUGGGAAGAAGCCUCGCUUCCCAGAUCCAGUUAGUAUCCGACCCGCCUCACACUAUCCCACGGACAAUACUCUACAGGUGGAUGAGAACUCUACAAAUGUGUCAAAUAUGUCUCACAGUUACAGUGAGAAUAACAAUCUAUACAGUUCUACGUUCCCCCCAGACCUAGGCGGCACACAUCCAGACCUGUCCAACCGCGACAGAGGUUACGACCCUUCUAAAAGGUUGUCCGUCAUAUCCGACAUAACAGCUGAAGGUCUUGCUAAAAAGAAAACCAAGCAAGCUGAAAUGCACAAGAAGAGAAAAGGGUGCAAAAUACAAUGAAUACUUUGAAUCUCAUUUUUGAUACUAUCUGAUUUGUGAAUCUUUUAUGGUUUUUUAAAGGUGCAUACAGCCUAAGAACAGCACAUGUCAUGUGAUUUGUGAUUUGACUUUUGGUUUAUAUUUUACAACAGUGUUUUAGUUAUUUUUUAAUACCCCCAAUUUCUUAGUCAGUAUGCAUCUUAAUUUUCGCAGUCUAGUUAUUGCUAGCAGCUAUUUAUUUUUGUACUGGGGCAGAUUCCAUGCAAUAUACUUUUAUUUUAGUCAUCUCUUACCCAGCUGAAAGUAAUAAUUCUAUUGAAUGGUACUGGAUUGUGAAUUGAUUGAUAUGCCAUAUUUUAAGAUAGUUUAAAGCUAUUUUUUCCAACAGUAUAACUGUAAGUUAAUAAGGAUAUUGAGAUGACUAGCUUUAUACAAUGAAUAACUCCGGAAUCUGUCCCUCGCGGAGCCAGUGGGUAGACAGGUGUUUACAGAGUACCUGCAGUAACCAAUGAGCCAUUUUAUAACCCUAAGGACCUUACUGUGCCUUAUUUUAGUGAUAAGAUUAUAUAACUUUAUUACAUUCCAGUUAUGUGAUUGAUUUGAUUAUCUUUCUCUUUGAUUGAAACCUGAUGAAAAAUGUAGGACUCUAAUUUAUACUGAAUCUCUAUUAUUUUUAGGUACUAUUUUGUAAGAAAAUUGCUCAAAUUGAAAAUUGUAACCAGUAGCUUACCCUUUGUGGUGGUGGAAUUACUAAAAUAUAAUU